UGGCAGGCAUUCUGGGUAAUGGUCUGUUUACUUCCUGCGGCUGUGGAGACUGUGCCCGUCUUUCCCUCUAUUUCACGGUGCCGGUGGGGAUGGCCCUGGAGACGGUGCCGAAGGACCUGCGGCAUCUGCGGGCGUGUUUGCUGUGUUCGUUAGUCAAGACUAUAGACCAGUUUGAAUAUGAUGGGUGUGACAAUUGCGAAGCAUACCUACAAAUGAAGGGCAACAGAGAGAUGGUGUAUGACUGCACCAGCUCUUCCUUUGACGGAAUCAUUGCAAUGAUGAGUCCAGAAGACAGCUGGGUCUCCAAGUGGCAGCGAGUCAGUAACUUUAAGCCAGGUGUAUAUGCUGUGUCAGUCACUGGUCGCCUGCCCCAAGGAAUUGUUCGGGAGCUGAAAAGUCGAGGAGUGGCCUACAAAUCCAGAGACACAGCAAUAAAGACCUAGCUAGGUGCAGCCCACAGUGUCUUGCUUUCUACUUCUGGCCUGUGUUUGUUUUCUUGUGGAGCUAAAGAAGCAGAACUCCAAAUACUCCCUGCCCUCCAUCUCAGGAUCAGUAGACUCCCAUGAAAGCAGCACAUCCGGCCCUUGAGUCAUUUCACUUUCUCUGAUGACUGGUGAAGUGCCAGUAUCUGGGUUGGUGGACUCCAGAGACUGUAUGAAGGAGAGAGUAAGAUGCUGGUUUUCCUACCUCUGUCCAAGACUUUGCCUUUGUCCAUGGGCAGGGCUUAGGUUCAAUACCAAUAAAAUUAACUUUUGGAAUGUGCUCAAA